CUUUCCAAAACCGUAGGCUGUAACAGUCUCCACUCUUGUGGAAAGGUUUUGUAGUGUUUCUGUGGAAUUUUGUGCACAUUUAGUCAAAAGAGCAUUUGAUAAGUCCAUCCCAUGGUUGUUCAGUGGGGUUGAGGUAACAGUGCAAUACAGGCCACCAAACUCAUCGGACCACAGAUGAUCAGUUUCAUACAAAAUAUGUGAAGAUCCGCUUUGGAGGAAAAUAUCAAAAUGGAUUUCUCACUGCCCAUUGAGUUUCGGAUUUUCCAGAUCCUCGUGCCGGUGAUUUUUGUGCUGUUUGGCUGCAUUGGGUUGUGUAAUGCGUUACGAAAAUAUCGGCAAAAACGGCGUGAACGUGCAGAAGCGGCCCAAGCGCAAGGACGCCCGUCUGUAUUUGUCAUCCCAUCUUCACCACCACUGCAGGAGCCGCACACCCCUUCGUACGGGGCACCUCCCACAUACAGCGAGGUGAGACACAAACCAGACUUCACCAUCCCUCAUCAUCCUCCUCCUUCAUAUUCCGAAUCCGUCUCGUCUCCAUAUUUCUCCAGUUCUCGUGCACUAUGAACCUGAAGACUUUCUUCCACACCGAAUGCUAUAAAUGACCAGACUGAGAGUCGUCCAUACGUUCCUGCGUAGCUGCUCUGUGUGUGCAAACUGCUCAUGUUGGUGUAAAUAUACUUCAUUUUGCAAAUUGUAAAGUUAAAUAUAAAGGAUUUAUGUGGGUUUGAUACCAGAAAUAUAAAGAAAAUCUAACAUUUAAAUAAAAUACAUCCUAAUAAUCCUAAUCAUUAACAUAUAAUUCCUCAUUCUUAUUAACAAAAUAGAACAGAAGCUUAAGUGGGCCUAAAAACCCACAUCCAUCUGUGUGUUUCCAUGUUUCUAUUUCUAAAAGAAUAUAGAUAGAUAGACAGAUAGAUAGACAGAUAGACAGAUAGAUAGACGGAUAGAUAGACAGAUAGACAGACAGAUAGACAGAUAGAUAGAUAGAUAGAUAGAUAGAUAGAUAGAUAGAUAGAUAGAUAGAUAGAUAGAUAGACAGACAGACAGAUAGAUAGAUAGAUAGACAGACAGACAGACAUAUAGGUGCGUUAUUGAAGUGUGUGUGAGUGUAAAUGUAAAUACGAGUGUUUACACGAGGGCAAGCUGUAGCCUAGUGGUUAAGGUACUGGACUAGCAAUCAAAAGGUCGCUGGUUCAAGCCCCACUACUGCCAGGUUGCUGCUGUUGGGCCCUUGAGCAAGGCCCUUAACCCUUAAUUGCUCAGACUGUACACUGUAACCGUAAUGUAAGUCACUUUGGAUAAAGGCGUCUGCGAAAUGCCGGAAAUGUAAAUGUGUUUGUUUGAGCAAGUGGGCAAGUAAACGAUCCUCUGUGAUUAAUUGCCCCAAUGUACAUGAAACAGACCCAUCAAACCCUGAUCAGAAUGAAAUGGUCAUUAAAGAUGAAUAAAAAAUAAAGAAAGUGUUUUUCAUGGGUUUUAGUUCUAGUUUACGUUUAGAUUUUAUAGAUAUACAUGUUUAAUUUCUUAAUAGUCAAAAUACAAAUAUUUCUGCACUAUUGCAUUACUUCUGUAUGAAGUGUUUCAUGUUGUCAAACGUCUUUUGUACAUUUUCGUUAAAAGAAUA